UUUUUAACGAAAAAAUCAAGAAAAAUGCCUGCCGUGGUGCGUAUUAAACGGCGUAUUGAUGAAGAACCACACACGGCCUUUGUGCUGAACGGGAAACGGCGACGACUGCACAACGAUGAGAAUUCCUUGGCCACAGCACAAGUACUGCCGGGGGCGGAUCCGACUGCAGCCGCCGCAGACAAAGACGAGCUAACAACCGUGCUGAAAUUUGCCGGCACUCUGGCAAAGCAGGAUGACAGCGCCACAAAACAAUUUGCAGCGGCGCGACUCAACAAAGCCACGGCCAAGGAGUUGGUACAGCAGAAAUCCAAUGAUGCGGCCAUUGCCAGUGCUCUGCGCAGGGACAGGCAACGCCAGGAGGCACAACAAACCACACGCGAGCAACGUUUCCGUGUCGUAAACUGUUUAAGGACCACACUCGAUGACACCAAUGAGAGCGAGGGUGCGGUAGGCGGCAGCAGUACAGAUGAAGCUUCACAGAUCACAAUUCUGGAUAUAGAAUCACAGCAGCAGCAGCAGCAACGUACAGAAACAGCAGCAGCAGGAGGACAGCUAGCAGAGGAUGAGCAACUGCAGCCGGGAGGAGGCCUCCUACAGCAGGAUCAACAACAGCCAGCAGAUUCGGAUAUUGGCUAUGUCUACGAUUUAUAUGUACCCGAGAAUGAGAUGCAGGCGGCCUAUGUCGAUAUGAUGGAUGACAAUUAUCUAAGGACACAGCUCAACUUGCCACAGAGAGAGCCUUGCCACAAAGAGAGACAGAGAGAGCGAGAGGCCAACUGCAGAAACAAAACCCCCAUCCAAAGAAAGAAAGGACUGCCACACACGACCACAGCUCCUGUGGGCGCCCACUAAUAUGACAAAAAGUGCUUAAAAUUCUAUCGAUUGAUUGGUUUAUAAUUCAUUAGAUAUAUGAGAUAUGAAUGUACGAAUAUGUAUGGUGCAGUCAAUGCACAGCAGGCGGCUGAGCCUUCUAUGACGAAGGGGAAUGCCAAGUAUUUAGCGGAAUAUAUGAUUAUGAAGGAGCCAGAUGGAUCUACGUAGAAACAGAAUCUUCUUGAUCUUCAGAUACUUAAAAGGAAAUGACUCUAUGUUGACGAAAAAACAAAACUGAUCCCUCAAUUCGUCGAAGGAGCACUGCUUGAUCUUAGAUGAUAGAUACAUCUAUAAGCAGGAAAUGCAUUUAUAAUCAAAAUAAUCUGCUUGCUGAAAACAUCACUAAACAUUUUGUAGAUAAAGUCGUUCAGAGACACGAAGACGCAUCUAUUUUGAAACAUGACUGCUUGAUCCUUAAGUAAACAUCAGAUUUAGAAAAAGACGUAUCUGCAUAUACCGAAAGAGAUCGCCUUGAUCCUCAAAUGAAAUCAAGCAGUAAAAGAAACGAUUCUAUACUUGAGUUGUGCGGAAAAUAACACUGUGGUCCUUAGAAAACUCUUUGUUCUUGUUGUAGAAACGUGCUACUGCAACCUAAAGAUUUAAUGGAUCUAAAUUCAGCGAGAACAAAUAUAGCAUAGCUCUAUACUCUUUGGGUAUCGGAAAUACAAGAUCGUAGAAAACCCCUUGAUUUUCCCUAAGAUUAAAAGAGGUUAAAGUGGAAAAUGCAUCUAUAACAUUAAAAAAUUAAACUAUAAUCUUUGAGUACUGGGUAUAAUUAUAUUAUAAAAAUCAAAAAUACGUCUAAGAAAUCUAGGAAAAAUUCCAUAAGUUUCGUAUACACAAGAGGAAGAUUCAUCUAUUAUAUGGAACAAUCAUCUGACCAAUUUUGAGAACAUUUUCAAAGGGCAAAAUAAAUUGCUGGAAUGCAAAAAGUUGUUCCCCAAACCUAAGAAAUAAUAUAAAUUGACUUAAGUGCAAUCCGUAAGAGGACAAGGCAUCUCUUCGAUGUGAAAGAUAAUUCCUAGAAGGCAAGUCCCCGCCCCAAAGUAUCGCUAUUAUGGAGAAGCAUAAAACUAAGCUAAGAACUUAAUAGAAAAUCCCAUAAAUGUCCCAAAUCUUUAGUGCCAAAGUUCCAUAAAAUGUAAAGAAAUUAGAGAAAACUCUUACAUUAUUAUAUCACAAUAAUAAUAAUAACCUCUGUAGAACAAUCUGUUUUUGUAAGCCAUUUUAGUGCCUGAAAAAGAUGGAAAAGGAAAACAUUUUCUUCACUGGACUCUCCUGCCCUCUGCCCCAUCAUACGAACCAAUCAAUCGGUAGAGCCUUAAUCCUAUGCCAUUUCCUAGCAUAAGUUAUUUCGAUUUGUAUAGCUUUUAGGUACUAUAUGUUCCACAUGCCACACACCACAGACAGACCAUACGCACACCAUACCAUAUUCUCUGUGUUGAUUUUUCCAUUAUUUUCGUGCCAGUUUGCCCGCCAGUGAUCUUUUUUUCUUUUCGUUUCGUUUCGUUUCGUUAAUGUUCCUUUCAUUCCACACAAAAAUACAAAACAAAACCCAGAAAUCAGAGCCCGUAAACCGAGAAACUCUUGUGCUAAAGUCUAAUUAAGUGCAUAGUUUUUAGUGUUUGUUGGGGUCUAGAGCUGCCCCCGUGAUUACAAAAAAUAAACUGAAUAAAUAAACCAAAUAA